ACCGGACCCUGUCAAGUUCCAUUGUAAGCCGUGAAGCCAGUUAACUGACCCGGCUGGCGACUUGGCCAAGAUCAACUCCGAUACCUGUCAAGGUUGUCGUCCCCUUUCAACAACUUUGAUGGGCUCGAGCGAUAGUUCUGACCGCCUCACGUUCUAGACGGUUAAGUUUCUCAUUCAUUUCAUACCUUCUCUUUUUCGCUUUGAAAAUACCUCGGUGCCGGUCAUUUGUCUUUUAAUUCCGCCUCCCACACUUUGUUGACCGUCUUGAGCGGCUCAGUAGCUUGAAUUUCUACGUCAACUACCUACGUCUCUACCGAAACCUAAAGGUCGGUCGCACAGAUCUGAUCACAACUCUUAUCGCAAAGGCGCAUGCACAUAUACAUGUCUCCAGUCCACACAUAGCGAAAAUACAAGGCUUGACCUGCCACCCCAGUUCAAGAUGGCGCGCGCAAUGGGGCCGGUGCGCAUGAAGAAGGCGAAUCCUAUCACGCUCGCGAUCGGUGCCUUUCUCUGCAUAUUCAUUAUCUACUUCCUCGCUGGCCCGUCCGGCAGUUCGAGCAAUAUCCUUAAGAAGAAGAAGGCUCAGCCAGCCUCGCAUCCUCUCUCCCCACCGACGUCUCCCUUCCGCAAGGAGUCUACCUCUGCCGACGGUCGAAGAACCCCGCCGCCCGUUACGCGUUACAACCUGAACAAUGUCACGACCACUGCGAACCCAAUUGAGAAUCGCGAGGAUGUCCUGAUCCUUACCCCGAUGGCCCGCUUCUACCAGGGUUACUGGGACAACCUGCUGGCGCUCAACUACCCACACGAACUGAUCAACCUGGCCUUCAUCCUACCCAAGAACAAGGAGGGCAAUGCGGCCACGAGCGCUCUCCAAGCCCAGGUGACCAAGACACAGCGGGGUCCCAAACAGUUCAAGAGCAUCACCAUUUUGCGUCAGGACUUUGACGCGCCCCUGCAGUCGCAGGACGAGGCCGAGCGCCACAAGAUGCAGAACCAGAAGCCGCGUAGGGCAGCAAUGGCCAAGGCUCGCAACUCGUUGCUGUUCACGACACUGGGCCCUUCCAUCUCCUGGGUCCUGUGGCUGGACGGGGACAUCAUAGAAACCCCGCCAUCCUUGAUCCAGGAUCUCGCCAAGCACGACAAGGCCGUAAUCGCACCAAACUGCUUCCAGCGUUACGUCGACGAGAAGACGGGCAAGAGCGCUGAGAGGCCAUACGAUUACAACAACUGGCAAGACAGUGCCACGGCCCAAGAGCUGGCCACUAAGAUGGGCCCAGACGACAUCUUGCUCGAGGGAUACCAGGAGAUGGCUACCUACCGGGCCCUGAUGGCCUACAUGACGACCGAGGACAACAACUUGGACUACGAAAUUCCCCUCGAUGGCGUCGGCGGUGCCGCUCUCCUUGUCAAGGCCGACGUCCACCGCGACGGGGCCAUGUUCCCACCGUUUGCCUUUUAUCACCUCAUUGAGACAGAGGGCUUUGCCAAGAUGUCAAAGAGAUUAGGAUUCCAACCGACCGGUUUGCCGAAUUACAAGGUCUACCACUACAACGAAUGAACACGUUGAUGAGCUUUUCAACAAGAUCAGAGUCAUAUUUGGAUGCCAUGCUUCUCAACAUAUGAGCCAUCUUUUUUUGUUAUUGCGCCCAAAUAUUUGGUCGCCGAUGUAUGAAUACGACUAGGAAUAAUAUCCGACGGGCCGCCCAUGUCAACCUUGUUCCAACGUUUUCGACUGGUACGGUAGAGAGCAUGAACUAUUGGUAGCAUCGGAGGAAUUAGAAGAGAAGAGAAGAUUCUGCUCCAUAGCAGUCUGACGGUGUGAGCGAAUCAGUUCAACUGCCGAUGGCCACCUCAAGGGUCCAUUUUGUUCAACGGCAUCGGCCAUUUGAUACCCCCGUACACAUUGCGGCAAGUUUCUUGUUGAUUGGGCAACAAAGCAUGUCACUUGGCGAGAUUUCAUAGAAUGAGAAGAUGAGGUAGCAUAUGGUUGGGAUGAAUCAGAAGUCCCAUCAAAGGCGAAUGGCGUUUUUUUUCUUGGUCAUACACUGUAUUGCAUUUUG